AUGUAUCCCCAUCAUGGCCCCCCGAUGCCUCCUCCGCAGAAGCCAGAGACUUUCAUGCUCUCCAGCGAGGCGCAGCAGAGCCUGCCUCACGAUGCGCAAGUCGCACUGCAGCAAGUCGAUAACCUGAAAUACUUCCUCUUGUCGGCUCCUGUGGACUGGCAACCCGAUCAAUUCGUUCGUCGCUUUUUGCUGCCCACGGGCGAACAUAUUUCCUGCGUGCUUUGGAGCAACCUCUUCCACAUCUCAGGAACCGAUAUCGUUCGAUGCCUGGCAUUCCGUUUCACAGCCUUUGGUCGUCCCGUCAAGAACUCGAAAAAGUUUGAGGAAGGCAUCUUCUCCGAUUUGCGAAACCUCAAGGCCGGCACCGAUGCUACACUCGAAGAGCCCAAGAGCCCCUUCCUCGACUUCCUCUACAAGAACAACUGCAUCCGGACACAGAAGAAGCAAAAGGUCUUCUACUGGUAUAGCGUCCCGCACGAUCGUCUUUUCCUCGAUGCCCUUGAACGGGACUUGAAGAGAGAGAAGAUGGGCCAGGAGGCCACCACCGUUGCCGUCAGCGAGCCCGCCUUGUCUUUCGAGUUUGAUUCGUCCCAGUCGCUCUAUGAGCAACUCACCAAGGCUCAGCAAGCAAACACUUCUUCGUUUGCUGCACACGCAAGUACGACAUUUGGCCAGCCCACCUCCCCAAUCGUGCGGUCCGUUGACGCUAUGCCUCCUCCGCAGAUGGCUCCGCAGAUGGCUCCCCCGGCGCUUCCUUUCCUACCGGACGAGUCGGCCAACGCGGCGAUCUACAAUGCGAUCCCCUUGCCCCCUACGCUAGCCCAUAAUUUCAUCAAGCGUGAGCAGGAUUUCGCUCCCAUCCAGUACGACCGCAACGGGAUGCCCAUCGCCCGCAUGCACCAGCGUCACGCCUCCAUGCCGACCUUUGUCGAGUACUCGCCGGCCCCCUCCUUCGUUUCCUCCCAUUUCGAAGACUACAGCAACCGCGGCUUGUCAUUUGAGCCCGUGACUCCCCCACAGCAUCAUGCUCCCCUGGGUCCUGAGCCGGCGUACAUCGCCAAUGAAGACACGGGUCUCUACACGGCCAUUCCGGACAUUUCGUCCGCUCCAUCUUUCAACCCUUUGAUGCAGCUGCCCCCCUCCAAUCUGGCCAGUGCCCAUUUCCCAGCCCCACCACGGACGUUUCCCUACUCGGUCCUUGAGGGCUCUCCUACCUAUAAGCAGCGGAGACGUCGCUCUUCGGUCACCCCGGGAGCCGCCAGCGCUGCAAUGGCCACUGCGGCCACACCCCAAACCACAGCCGCUCCCGCCCAGACAAUGGCGUACGCAGCACACAGACCUAGUGACCUGCGGCGAUCUAUGUCGAGCUCGGUGGCUCCCGCUGUGACCGAGGCCGGUAAUGAAUCACAUUCGCAGCGCGCCGCGGCGAGCUACCCGGCCGUCCUCCCCCAGAAGGACUUGUUGCAGGAAAUUUCCCGCCAUGGUACCCCGCUCUCCAACUUUGAAGAGAGCGCCAGUCAGAAUGUGCUAUCCCUGAACAACGCGCAGGAUGACCUGGCGGGUUUCCCGACCGAUGAGACGGUUGAUGCCGCUGUGCAGAACAGCACAACCAAUAAGGCAGAGCGAUACGCUCCGGGCCCAGUCCGCCGUGCUCGAAGCGCUACCAUGAUGGAGCUUGGACCCUAUCCGCAAAAGUCCCACUCGUGUCCAAUCCCAUCGUGUGGACGACUAUUCAAGAGACUAGAGCAUUUGAAACGGUGUCUGCUCUUCUUGACCUGGUUGGUUCGGUUUGCGAUGAUCGGCGUGCUGGUAAUCUUAUUUGUAGCCGCCCAGCUGACAGUUUUGGCGCUUAGGCAUGUUCGAACCCACACCCAAGAGCGGCCGUACCCUUGCCCUUACUGCAACAAGGCAUUCUCGCGAUCCGACAACCUUGCACAACACCGUCGGAUCCAUGAGGCUCAACAAGAUGGUCAGCCGCCGCUGUCAACACACGAGGAAGAAUUGGAGAACGAGGAAAAUGAAUUCGGCUCGCCGGACGAGGACCUGUCACCGCAUGAUACUUCAAUUCCAACUUCCAUGAUGAACAUGACCACUAUGACCUCUAUGCCGACCACCAUGGCCACCACCAUGAGCAUGCCUCCUAUGCAUACCAUGGUUGCUCCGAAUAUGAUUGCACCCCAGCUCCUGCAGCAGCAUAUAUGA